AUGACGUCAUGCGUGGCGUCCUUGUCCGUGUCUGAUGACUACUGUCCGAAGCGGGGAACUCUGAUUCGGAGUUUGAACUAUAAAAUUCGUCAGAAUUAUGCCAACAAGAAAAACCAGAAGAUAACUUUCCAGCCUUUGAUAAAAAGUUCUCUCUCCGAGUUCUCUCUCCCAGGCACGAUAAUCGAGACAGCUCUUUUCACCAUGUUUUCCGACGCCGGUGGAGCUUUGGCUCGCCGGCGUCGGGAUAUCUUUAGUUUUUCUCGACUUCUUUACAAUUCUCAACGAGUUUUCCUCCUGUUAGUUCUUCUGUUACCUUGGAACUCCUCCUUCCCUACACCUUGCUCCCACAAAGCUCCAUUGCAUGACGAGACCAUAAAGAGUCUUCCGGUGAACCUCUUAUACCUUGUCUGGAACUUUUUCUGGCCAGCAUUUUCGAUGAAGGAGGAUUGUCUUCUGUCUACUUGCUCUUUAACCGUUAUAUCUGAGAAUUCUCUCUCAAAGAUCUAUAGAUCUAAAGAUCUUAAAACUUUCGUAGUCCUUGUCGCUUCUUAUCUCUACUGGAUCCCCUUGAAGUCAAAUAUGUCAUCUCCCUUGGAUUGGAGCUCUGUCUUGACGCCGGAGCCGGUGAUGAUUCUUACGACGGAAGGAUUAUCCCUUACCUUGCCAAGUUCCCGUCCCACCGCCCCCUGUCCGUACAGCCGCAGCGGCACUCUCAGCACUUCCCCAACUAAAGCAACCCUAGGGUUUCACUUGUUGGGCUUUUCUUUAUGCUGCGGCCCACUUCCUCUGUCUCAGGCCAUUGCCAAAAAUCCCAGCCCACCUGCAAUUCACUACAGGGCCAGGUUCGAUUACUUUAUCUCAUCUCCAAGCCCAUCUAUUAGUUUGUUCUGUUUUCACGGCUUGAUCAACCGAAGACUUUGUUCAUGCCCUGAAGCGACAAACAAUACAAGGUGUUGUGAGCAUUCCUUUCAAAACCUGUUGUUAAACUGCCCUUUGAUUAAAGUCUAUGAAACCUUAAGUGGAGAAUCCAUCGAUGAACAUUCGUUUUUAAAGGCUCUUUCAUUAACGCAUCUGGUUCCUCUAUCUGAGAUCCAGAGGAAUGAUAUUGUGAUAUCCAACUCAACUUCUUUAGUUCCGAUCAUAUCUGCUUGGUCAAGUCGAGGAUUCCUCGGUAGCAGUAUAUUAUGUUCUUCAGAAUGGUCUGAGAUAUAUCCUUGUCAAAUCCAGUCGUUUAGCAGUUUUUGGGUCCCUUUAUUGCUGAACUCUAAUUUAAAACCUGAUCCAACAAGCUGCGUGAAUCUGAAGCGUACAACCAUGGUUCCCAAUUGCCACUUAUCACCGAAAGAUAGGAAGCUCGGGUCUGCUACUAUAAAUCAGGGCCAAAUCGGCUGCAAGUUUUGUGUGAAACUCCUUAACCUCCAUGGCCAUGAGCUUCAUGUAAGGGAGGACUCACCUGCUCUGCUACGGUUUGACACCCAACUCUUUUGACCCCCAGUUGAAGCUUCUAGAGAUAUAUGUUUCGAUCUUCAAGUGUUGAAUGAAGUCGGUCCAACCACUUUACCUCUCAUGUUGGUGAUACACCCAUCUAGUGAUACCACUAUGAAACCCUCUUUUCCAAGCUCGAUUGCGUUAACCGCUACAGCUACUUAUGACCACUUGGUGGUCAAGGAUUUCGCGAAGCUUGUCUUCAUGGUCAAAUCCACCUUGGUUCCAACAGAUUCUCUUGAAGAACUCAUGGAGCCCUUAUCCCUUUUCUCCUUUGAUUAUCUUGUUAUCUUGUUUGUAUGUUGUAAGAACUCACCUCUUUAUGAGGAUCUGAUUUGAAUGAAAGAUUCAUUUGUUUGACAA